CCCCGCGGCGAGGAGCCGGCACAGUCCUUCUAGCGGGGCUGGUGUUGUCUCCUUGGUGGUGGUGGCGGUUAUUGGACUUUUUGCCGGGUGUUUUGCUUUGGGGCUUGGUCUUUCCUCGGGGGGCUAACUUUCUUCCUGCGUCGCCGCAACUCUGCACAACUGCACCGGGCCAACACGCACUCGAGGGCCGACGACGGCCGACUUCCUUCCUGAACGCGCACACCCCCGCCGGCAGCUGCUGCACAGUCGGACCAUGCCGGCCAGCGCGUGGCCCCGCAACCCGGGCGGCCGCUGCUGAGCCGGGCCACCGAUUCCUCCGAUCAACGGGGACCCCGAACACAACAUGGCCGCCACGAGGUUCGCCGUGGUCGUGCAUCUGGUCACGGCUGGCCAACAGGGAGACGCGCUCGGCAGCGACGAGCAAGACACGGUGGUCUUCUCCUGGCUGGUCGUCGACCUGGCCAACAACAAGGUGGUGGCCGUGCAGCAGAACCUGGUCAAGCCACGCUCCUGCGAUGUCAACGAGAACGUCAUUUCAGAAUCGUGUCGCACCGAGUACGGAAUCUCUGAAGAGCAGCUCAAGAACGCCGUGCCCCUGGAGCAAGUUAUCGAUCAGUUCAGCCAGUGGGCCCGGGCGCGGCUGGAGGCCGAGGCCGGCGGCCAGUUCUACUUCGUGACGGACGGCCAGCUGACGCUGCGCCAGGCGCUGCAUCCGGAGGCAGUGCGGCACGGCAUCCUGCUGCCGGACACCUUCUACCACUUCUUCGACCUGCGCAAGGAGUUCCAAGCAUUCUACGGAAAGGCCGUCGACUCGGUGCAGGACAUGCUGGCGUACCUUUCCUUGGAGCCCGAUGCAUCGGCAGAAGUAGUUACUCGUCAUGUACAAGACAUGGCCAAGGUUAUCUUAAGGCUUAACAUGGACGGGCACAAGUUUACAAAUCCGGAAGAAAUAUCUCAGAGGCUAGAAUCUGGAAUUUGCAGCAAAACCGACGUGGUGGACAGCAACACGGUGGUGAGGGCGAGGGGUCUACCGUGGCAGUCAUCAGACCAGGACAUUGCCAAGUUCUUCAGCGGGCUCAACAUUGUCAAGGGAGGCGUGGCGCUCUGCCUGAGUCCGCAGGGUCGGCGAAACGGGGAGGCGCUGGUCCGCUUCGAGAACAGCGAGCAUCGAGACAUGGCGCUCAAGAGGCACAAGCACCACAUCGGCCAGCGGUACAUCGAAGUGUACCGGGCCACGGGCGAGGACUUCGUCAACGUCGCCGGAGGUAACAACAACGAAGCGCAUUCCUUCCUGUCUCGAGGUGGACAAGUGAUUGUGCGCAUGCGCGGUCUGCCUUACGACUGCACCGCUAAACAAGUGGUGGAGUUCUUCGCGUCGUCGGGAGACGGCAGCGAGGGCUCGGAGCCGCACACGAGCUGCCCGGUGAUGGACGACGAGGACGGCGUGCUGUUCGUGCGCAAGCCCGACGGACGGGCCACGGGCGACGCGUUCGUGCUCUUCGACUCGGAGGAAGUGGCCAGCCGCGCGCUCCACAAGCACCGGCAGCUCAUCGGCUCCCGAUACAUCGAGCUCUUCCGAAGCACCACAGCAGAGGUGCAGCAGGUUCUGAACCGCACCAUGGACCCGCGGACGUACGACACGGCGCAGCCGCUGAUCGCGUCGCUGCCCCAGGUGCCGCUGCUGCCGCAGCAGAUGUUGCCGUCGCGCUCGUCGCGCAAGGACUGCAUCCGGCUGCGCGGGCUGCCCUACGAAGCGCAGGUCGAGACCAUACUGGAGUUCCUGGGAGAGCACUCGCAGGCCAUCGUCUACCAGGGCGUGCAUAUGGUCUACAACGCACAGGGCCAGCCGUCCGGCGAGGCCUUCAUACAGAUGGACUCUGAGGACUCGGCCUUCCUGGCGGCACUUCAGCGCCACCACCGCUACAUUAUGGGCAAGAAGCCGCGUUACAUCGAGGUUUUUCAGUGCUCCAUCGACGACAUGAAUCUGGUGCUCACCGGGGGAAUCCCAGUACAAAGGCCCCUGCUAUCUCCAGCGGCGGCGGCGGCGGCGGGCGCGAUGUUGCCGCCUGCGCCGUACGGCGCCUACCCGUACGUGCAGCCCCCGGCGCCCGUGCUGCCGGCGGCCACCAUGACGACGCUGGCGCCGCGGGUGUCCACCUACUACCCGCCCAUCUUCUACUGGUCCUACCCGAGUCCCCCGGUGUCCCCAACCACGUACUACCCCCACUCGGCAGGCCCCACCAUGGUAAUUUUGCGCGGCCUGCCGUAUAGCUCCACGCCCCAGGACAUUCUAACCUUCUUCCAGGGCUUUCCAGAGCUCACGGCCGACUGUAUCCAGAUCCAGCGCAACACGGACGGGCGUCCCAAUGGCGAAGCCGUCGUGACCUUCCCCAGUCGCGCGGAGGCUGAGCGAGCCAUACAGGAGAAGAACCGCCAGAACAUCGGCAGCCGAUACAUCGAGCUAUUCAUGGCGUGAUGACCUGCCCAGCGGCGGCGCCCAGCAAUGCUCUCGUGUCUACGUGCCCCAAGGACUUGUUUCAUCAGCGCCGAACUGCCACAUUUAUUUCUCGGUGGACAAUAACGUCCUUCUGUCCCGGUUCGGCUCGCGAGCCUUCGCCAUGGCGGCGACGAUUGGCCCGAGCCCCUUCUUGCGGUCCAGCCAGCGCGCUGGACUGUUUCACCCCGUCUGUGUUGCCCGUCUCUCUCUCACCCACAAUUUUGUAUUUUCGGCUUAUACCUCCACUAUUCUGUUCCUUUUCUUCUGUUUCUUUAAGCGUACUGUUUCAUUUUAUGCGAUUGCCGUGACGUUUCUUUCCAUUUUUGUUCUUAUUCCGAGUGAUAGCGUACAGCCCGAGGCCCGCUAGACAAGCCCCGCACGCGGACCCAUGGUACCGCCAAGCGAGAUCUCGUACUGUGCCUACUCUUUAUUGAGAUACCGCAAAGUUAACAGCAAAAUCACGCUGGUCUUCCCGUAGUGCGUCCAAUGUCAUUAUUAACCAAACUUCAACAAGUUACUUUAAGUGUGUUUGUGCUAGUUUGCAAAGUCCCCGUGCACUAUCGAAUAUUUUUUUUUUUUUUUUUGCGUCACCGUCAUACCGUGCCGCAGUAUUUACCAGUGAACGCCUUCCACAUUAUGUGUUGAGACAAGCCUGACUUGGCCGCUGUUGUACAACACGUGUGCAUUCACAAAACGUGCCUUAUUCAAGUGUCCUUUCUUCCUUGAGCCGUUCUAGUGCCGACGUACAGCUGUAAGAGCACAGACCGAAUGGCCUCUUUCUUUCGCAAAGCAAACGAGAUACCAGCACGUCUUCGUCUGCGCGGAGGGCACCCUCGGAGGCCGCCAUCUUCCUGCCCUCCAACUCAUCAUUUGGUCCGCGCUUGCGACGGCGCCCCAUCGUCCCGUGAUAAGCGGCAUCCAGGAUGGCUUCUCCGUGUGUUUUGUCCGUCUUUGUUUGUUUCUGUGUCGUCGAACCAUGCACGUCCGUCCAGCUACCGACCUUUAUUAUGCAUUUCUGAGCGCCGUGUUAGAGCGAAAGAAUAGAGCUGAAAGGGGGCAACAGUAUUCACAUUUUGCCCCAUGAGUGUGUGUGCCUGUUCUGUAUGUGCGCGCUCGUGCCUUCACGCGGUUUCUUAAAACCGCUUCGUUUGUUGUCGUCCAUAACGACAUAAAAAAAUGGCCGCGGACACAGUGCAAGACGUAAAGAAAAAAAAAAAAAAAGAAGCAACCAUGCAAGUGGCACCGAACGCCGUGGUUCCGUGUGACCCUACUGUUAUUUAUUUUACGAAACAGUGCAAUUGUAUAACUCCCCCCGCCCGUGAGGCGAUUGCGACGCGAGUGGUCCAGUCUCGUGAGGCGAUUGCGUCGCAUUGUCGCUGCGAGCGCGCGGCUUGUAGCCGCGGCUCGGAUGCUUCCGAGGGCGCGUCCGCCGCGGGUGCUUCUUGGGAGCAAAAAAAAAAAAAAAAUGCUCCGCGGCCCCGGCACUGCCAGCGCUCCCUGCAAGGCCCCGGUAGUGCUCUAGUUCGUAAAAGAAAACCGAAGCUAAAUGCCGCGUUUUUCUUGUGCUCGUUCUUUUCUAGUUUUCCACUUUAUCCUGCCACGUUAUCCAUGUCACCCCCGCACAUUACUUUCCUCGUUAGCACCCAGUGCCGUUUUUUUUUUUUUUUUGCAUUUCGUGUGUUCUCGCCGACCGUCUAAACUCGACGUCUUCUCUGUGUUUAUUUGCAGUGAUAAUCAUACACCGAACCUCUAUUAUUUUGCUUUCUUUUUUCUCGUUUAGCAGAGCAUCUUAAUGAAUUGCUUUAUCGCUCUUAUAUGUGUCUCGCCUUUUGAAUUGUGCGUGCGCGUAUGAUAUUUUUUUCUUUUAUGUAUAUAUUAUGCUUCGUCUGCACAUUCUAUUUUGCCCCUUCCCGAAUGAUUUCACCAACUAUAAGUGUAGUAAAUGUGUACAUAUAUAUACACCACCACCUUUCAACGAAGUGACAAUGACCGUACCUAUCCAUCUUGGUCGGCCGGAUUUUUGUCUCAAAGUUGGAACCUUAGUCGACGUUCAUGUCUCGCAAAACCAGUUGUGUGUUGUCCUUAAGUAUGUCCGUGUUCAGAAAAAAAAAACUCAAAGAAAAAAAUGUAAAAUGUCGAAAAAAAAGAGAAAACGUUGAAAGAGCUUUCCGGCUUCUCUCAAUAAAGAACGUAAUUAUAAAAAAAAA